AUCUAGUUACAACUAUCUAUGGUCCGAGGUGAUGCGAAAGAGUGGGGGCGGGGACUUUAUUUAUUCAUAUUCAUAGAUCCGCAUAUACUAAAUGAGGAAAGGGUGUUGAGUUAAAUUCAAGCUGUUUUACACCAUGAAAAAUUACUUUGACAGGUGGCACUUUUAUAUAUGCUGUUAUGAUGCUCAAAGAUGAGUUUUAUUUGAUAAAAUUCUUGACUAAAGGGAGACUUUAAAGUAGUUAUGUGUUGCCAUUUUGUGUUUGCUGCAUUGUGGAGACCCCCCAUAAAACUCGAUUCAACGGGUAAGAUAUUUGAUAAACCACAAAACUGUGACGACAAAGGAAAUCCUUUAGAUCUUGGUGGGCGGAGACAUCAGAGCACAACACAUAUCAAGCCUUAUAUGAAAUAACAAAUCAUUCUUUCUUCAGUUGAACAAGAGGGGCAUUUAUUACAUCUCUUUUCUUACUUUUUUCUUUUUUUUGGUUCUCAUCCAGUCCACUUAUUUGAGCAGGGAGCUGAGAAGUUUAUAAGUUGGUUUAUCUAUAUAAGUGGAAGUGAUCCAGAGAUGAAAGGACUGAUAAAUCUUCUGUUUCAAGGUGUUCUGCUGUAUGAGACUUUGGCUUGGGAAGUGAGAAUACCAACAGAAAUUCAUGGCCUCAAAGGUUCCUGUCUGGUUAUACCGUGCUCUUACUCUUACACUUCAUACCCACCAACUAACCCACGUAGAGUUGUGUGGUAUCAGUAUGUGUCGAGUGGCUACCCAAUAGUUUGUGAUCCCUUGAAUCCAGGCGAUGUUAUUGACAAGUUCAGAGGAAAAACUGAUAUAUAUAGGCAUACAAACUCAGAUCGGGAUUGUAGUCUGCUGAUCAAAAGCGUGGAUCCGUCUCACAAUGGAGAAAAAUUAUAUGCAUGGAUUGACCCAGAAAAUGUUGGAAAGAGCACCUAUACGUUUUAUGAUGUCACCUCCACGAUUAUUGUUGACACAAAUCCACAGCAGCCCAUCAUUAAUAUUUCUGGAGGUGCAAAGAUCCGUGACAGCAUUACAGUAGAGUGUUACACCUUACACACCUGUCCAUACAGAAAACCAAACAUCAUUCUGAGGGGUAUUGAAGGAUCUGAUAAAAUAGAUGAUGUUCCUAUGGAAAAUGGUCGAUGGAAAACCACUCUGACACGCACCGGUGUUGUGAAGGCUGAACGCUCAGAUAUUGAGUGUACUGUAACACAUCAUGGAGGCAUAACAACAAGAGCUACAAAAUCACAAAGUGCAAAUUGUGUCCAUUCUAGUAUAACCAUUGAACCUGAACUGGCAGCAGAUAUCAUAGAGGGUGUUGAUAUGAACUUCACUUGUACCGUCCACCAUUCCUGCCUGAAGAAUCCUCCGAUCCUCUCCUGGAACUAUGAGAACAUGCCGGUCAAAGAUGGAAAGAAACAACUAACAGGGUUUGAAUUGGCCACCUUUUCCACCAUAACCUUUCUGGGGGAAAAGAAAGAUGAUGGGAAGAAAUUAAUCUGCAUUACAAAUAUUUCUGGACAGAAAAUCACAGCAUCUGUCGACUUACAUGUACAACAUUAUUUAUCAGAGUCUCCAAAACCAGUGACUCCAGUCCAAGAUAAUAUAUCUGUUUCCCAGAAUGAACCCGAUGUGAUGACCUUUGACAUGAUGACAAUCGGCCUUUACAUUCUAGCCCCCUCAUUUGCCUUUCUUCUCAUUUGCAUAUUUGCUGGAGUCAUUAUAUACAAGAAGUGUAACAGGUCUUCAUCUGGUAAUCGACAAGAAUCACACCCAAAACAAAGCUGUACCUGUCCUGUAGGCUAUACAGGUACAUGUAGAUGACAGAUUUUAGCCUCAGUGCUGGAUAAUGUCUGACUGUGUAACUGCUAAAACCUUUCUGGAGAAGUGCUGAACAAUUCCGCUGCAGCUUUUUGUCUCCCCUUGUGAUGUCAGAAGGGGAUAAUACCGCCCUUUAAUCUGCACUAUCCAACCACGGCACUGCCAUUAAGUACAGAGAUCAGCUCAUUUGCAUGUUAAAUGACACACCCAGAAUGGCACAUUUUUGCACACACCUACAAAGUGACAAUUUUAACAUGCUAUAAUAAAUUAUCUGUGGGGUAUUUGAUCUAAAACUUCACAUACGUACUCUGGGGACACCAAAGAUUUAUUUGACAUCUUAAAAAAGUCUUGUGAAAUGUCACAUUUAAAUAAAAAAUAUUAGAAAUAAAAAGAAUGCAUGUGUGAUUCGAUGUUCAUAUAAAUCCAAGCAACAUUUGUUUUUGUGAAUUACUGAAUUUACCUUGAAGUAAACAGUUAUGUAAAUAAAAUCAUGUAAGCAAAUUAAAAUUCAGCUUUAAGAAAACAGUAUGCAUAAAGAAAAAAUAAUUUGUCCUAUGGUUAUGUUUUGGUUAUUAAUAAUGUCGUGACUGAGCAGUGUUUACUGCUUUGUUAAUAAAAAAAGUG